AUAGGACUGUCGCCUAUCGAGAAGCCAUUUCCUCUUAGCAGAAGACUCCAGUUAUCUAAAUGACUGAAGAAUACUGCUUAAUGAGGAAGGAUCUGCUGAACUACUGCCACUCAUACAUACUCGUCAUUGUGAAAAUUAUAUUUAUGAUCAUCUCAAUGGAUGCGUGUCUUGCAGGGAAGGACAGUAAGCCAUAACAUGAUAGUGACUGCAUGGCCAAGGAUGUGAGAGUUGGCAUCGUGCUUGCCUCAUGGCAGUAGACAUUUCUGUUAGCACAGCUCUCCAACCACAGUCUGACUCCUUAAGUAGUCCAAACACUCUUCUUUCCUGGCUUGUAAAUUAAUUAUAGGCUGAAUCUCAACUGGAAAUCAUUCAACUUACUGUUAAUGCACUAAUGGAAGAUUUGUGUGAAAAUAGUAGGUUAGGUUGUUCACACCUCGUUAGGAUUUGGCCCUGACUAAGAUGACAUGCUCAUUUAGCUGUCGUUUUGGUGAGUGUCCUCGCCAGAUGACAAUCAUAAAUGUGCUUAUAGCAUGAGCAAAACAAUGAACUCAGGCUGGAACUUGAUUUUGCCCUCCUCCCUUUUACUGGACUUUUACUGCAGUUAUGUGCACAUAACUGUAUUAUUAAAUAGAUCUUCCCUACCUCACCAGGGAGUCAGGCAACACAUCAAAUUCCAGCCUGAGAUGAAUGUUCUGCUCAUGCUUUAAGCACAUUCUUCAGUGUGGCAUCCAAGCUGGAGAGACAUUGGACACCAUCUGAAUAUUGUCCUGGCUGACAGCACGGAUGUGUGUUGUUAUGACAAUGAUGGUGAUCAGGAAAAAUGAAUCCCUGUUGCUAUUACCCCUGUCAAAACUGGGGUGUGUGUUUAAGGUUUGGCACUGACCGCUAUGAAUGUGACUGCACUCGCACCGGCUUCUAUGGACAGAAUUGCACUAUCCCUGAGUUCUGGACAAGGGUCUACCUGAAGCUGAAGCCGAGCCCUGAUGUGGUCCACUACAUCCUUACACACUUCCACUGGCUGUGGAGCCUCAUCAACAGGACCUUCCUACGGGACUGGCUCAUGAGGGUGGUCCUCACAGUCAGAGCAAACCUUAUUCCCAGUCCUCCUACCUUCAACUCAAAGUAUGGAUACCUCAGCUGGGAAUCCUACUCCAAUGUCUCCUAUUACACCCGUAUCCUACCCCCUGUGCCUGAAGGCUGCCCCACCCCUAUGGGUGCCAAAGGAAAGUCUGUCCUCCCAGACCCAAAGCUGGUGGUGGAGAAGUUUCUGCUGAGGAGGAAGUUCAGGCCGGAUCCACAGGGAACCAACCUGAUGUUUGCUUUCUUCGCUCAGCACUUCACCCAUCAGUUCUUCAAGACUCAAAACAGCAUGGGCCUGGGCUUCACCAGGGCGUUGGGGCAUGGGGUGGAUGCCGGCCAUGUCUACGGCGAUAAUCUGGUGCGUCAACUGAACCUCCGGCUUCUUAAAGACGGAAAGAUGAAAUACCAGGUAAUUAAAGGUGAGGUGUACCCUCCAACGAUAGCCGAGGCGCCAGUGAAUAUGAGCUACCCUCGAGGGGUUCCCGAGGGGCAGCGCAUGGCCAUUGGGCAGGAGGUGUUUGGGCUGCUGCCAGGCCUCACCAUGUACGCCACCCUGUGGCUGAGAGAACACAACCGCGUCUGUGACAUUCUGAAGGCCGAGCACCCCACCUGGGGGGAUGAGCAGCUCUUCCAGACCACCAGGCUCAUCGUCAUAGGUGAGACUAUCCGGAUAGUGAUCGAGGACUACGUGCAGCACCUGAGCGGCUACCUGUUGGAUCUGAAGUUCGAUCCGGUCCUGCUCUUCAAGUCCACGUUCCAGUACAGGAACCGCAUCGCUGUGGAGUUCAACCAACUGUACCACUGGCACCCCCUUAUGCCAGACAGCUUCCACAUAGACGGAGACGUGGUGCCCUACUCCCAGUUCAUCUUCAACACCUCCAUCGUCACACACUACGGGGUGGAGAAACUGGUGGACGCUUUCUCACGCCAGUGUGCUGGACAGAUAGGAGGUGGGAAGAACAUCCACCCAGUGGUGACCAAGGUGGCCGAGGGUGUUAUUGAAGAGUCCAGGGCUCUGCGUCUCCAACCCUUCAACGAGUACAGGAAGAGGUUCAACCUGAGGCCCUACACAUCUUUCUCUGACUUCACUGGUGAGGAGGAGAUAGCCAGGGAGCUGGAGGAGCUCUAUGGUGACAUCGAUGCGCUGGAGUUCUACCCCGCCCUCAUGCUGGAGAAGACACGCCCCAACGCCAUAUUUGGCGAGAGCAUGGUGGAGAUGGGGGCUCCCUUCUCCCUGAAAGGCCUUCUGGGUAACCCGAUCUGUUCCCCAGAGUACUGGAAGCCCAGCACGUUUGGAGGCCAGACAGGCUUUGAUAUAGUCAACUCAGCCUCGCUGGAGAGACUGGUGUGUCUGAACACUAAGUGGUGUCCGUACGUAGCCUUCAGUGUGCCUCCAGCUGGGCAGGAGCCGCCGCCAAGGAAAACGUCCACUGAACUGUAAGCUAUAGUGAGUUUACUGUAAUCCAUGGUUACGUUAGUGUUGUUGUAUGGUAUUAUUGUAAUGCCCUUGCCCACCUUUGAUGCCUGUACUGUAUAUUAUGUUUAUGUUUGCAAGGACUGCAUUUAUGAAUCAUCACCAAGUUCCCUAUGUACGUUGUACUUUGUGAACAUGAAAAGUAGCCUGGAUUAAAAACUCAUAAAAUAGUGAAAUAGUUUGUAAUAAGGUUUAUUUGAUAUUAAUUUAGGUCUACAUUACAGUACAUCCAUAAUGAUCUAGCUAUGGUCAUUGAUUUAACAGUAUUUUUGCGAAAAGGUAGAAAUGAAAAUCACAUUGGAAACUGUAUAACAGAAUAUUGUCAAAUGAAGUACAGCAGUAUUAUAGUUGGCCAUUCUUGAGUAAAUAAAACAUCUAUUUGAUACAGUACUGUUUUUGUUUGUUUUACUUUACAGUAUGUGAAUGUUAUAUCUGUUUCAAAUAACUUUCAUAUUUUUAGUUGCUAUUUUAUCACCCAUACAAAGGUAACAAGAUCACUAAAGAUUGAUAUAUUUAUACACCAAAAUAAAUAUGUAAUAUUACAAAAUAAAAAACUUUGUUUACGAUCA